AUAACAAUGCCCCAGAGUUCUGCGGGAUGGUGCCAGCUUCUCUCCGCACCCGCUCUCCACACCCCUUGCUCCUAUCUGCCCUCCCUAUCCAGGCAAUGGCCAUCGCCUUCUAGGGCUUUUCCAGCCCACACCGGGCCGCGCAUGGGUGAUUUCUCCCGAAGAGCAAAGGAGGAAACAGCCUGAGAAGGGUGGAACUAGAACCCCGGUCUUCCUCCCCACCGCACCCCUCCACUCACAUUAGAUCCCAGCCUUCCCUUUCCGUCUGCUGGUGCGGCUGCCGAGGUCUGAGCCCCGCCCCGCGGUUUCGCACGUGGUCCCCACCUGACCCCGCGCCGGGAGGCGGAGUAGGGCGGGGCGGGCGGCAAACGCAGCACUUUCCGCGGCUUUCACAAGCCCGCGGCACCCGGCCCGAGCUCUUAGCCGGGCCGAGACUGCGCCAUGCAGGAAGCGCCAGCCGCGCUGCCCACGGAGCCGGGCCCCAGCCCAGUGCCUGCGUUCCUCGGCAAGCUAUGGGCGCUGGUGGGAGACCCGGGGACCGACCACCUGAUCCGCUGGAGCCCGAGCGGGACCAGUUUCCUCGUAAGCGACCAGAGCCGCUUCGCCAAGGAAGUGCUGCCCCAAUACUUCAAGCACAGCAACAUGGCAAGCUUUGUGCGGCAGCUCAACAUGUAUGGUUUUCGGAAGGUGGUGAGCAUUGAGCAGGGCGGCCUGCUUAGGCCCGAGCGCGACCACGUCGAGUUCCAGCACCCGAGCUUCGUACGCGGCCGAGAACAACUACUGGAACGUGUGCGGCGCAAGGUGCCUGCGCUGCGCAGUGACGACGGCCGCUGGCGCCCCGAGGACUUGGGCCGGCUGCUGGGCGAGGUGCAGGCUUUGCGGGGAGUGCAGGAGAGCACCGAGGCGCGGCUGCGGGAGCUCAGGCAGCAGAACGAGAUCUUAUGGAGGGAGGUGGUGACUCUGCGGCAGAGCCAUGGUCAGCAGCACCGGGUCAUUGGAAAGCUGAUCCAGUGCCUCUUUGGGCCACUUCAGACAGGGUCCAGCAGCGCAGGAGCGAAGAGAAAGCUGUCCCUGAUGCUGGAGGAGGGGAGCUCAUGCCCAACACCGGCCAAAUUCAGUGCUUGUCCCCUACCUGGUGCCCUCUUGCAGGACCCCUACUGUAUCCAGUCGCCCCUCCCAGAGACCGGCUCGGGCCUCAGCAGCUCUCACAGGGCCAGGGGCCCUAUCAUCUCUGACAUCCAUGAAGACGCUCCAUCCCCUGAUGGGACCAGGCUUUCUCCUUCCAGAAGUGGCAGGAGGGAGAAGGGCCUGGCACUGCUCAAAGAAGAGCCGGCCAGCCCAGGGGGGGAAGGCGAGGCCGGGCUGGCCCUGGCCCCAAACGAGUGUGACUUCUGCGUGACAGCCCCCCCGCCACUGCCUGUGGCUGUGGUGCAGGCCAUCCUGGAAGGGAAAGGGAACUUCAGCCCUGAGGGGCCCAGGAAUGCCCAACAGCCUGAACCAAGGGGUCCCAGGGAGGUACCUGACAGGGGAACUCUGGGCCUGGAGAGGGGGGUGCGGAGCCCAGAGCAUCUGCUACCUCCCAUGCUGCUUCAGCCCCCCACUGAAAGUGUGGACCCCGCAGGGCCCCUGGAUGUGCUGGGCCCCAGCCACCAAGGGCGAGAAUGGACCCUGAUGGACUUGGACAUGGAGUUGUCCCUGAUGCAGCCCUUGGGUCCAGAGAGGAGUGAGACUGAGCUGGCGGUCAAAGGGUUAAAUUCUCCAGGGCCAGGGAAGGACUCCACCCUUGGAGCACCACUCCUGCUGGAUGUCCAAGCGGCUUUGGGAGGCCCAACUCUCGGCCUUCCUGGAGCUUUAACUAUUUACAGCACCCCCGAGAGCCGAGCCUCCUACCUAGGCCCCGGGGCCAAUCCCUCCCCCUGAGACCUGCUUUGCUCUGAAGCCAGCCUACCUGAGGGGCUGGCCUGCAGCAGCACCCCCUUCUGGGCUUCCUGGUGCCCUUGGAAGAGGCAGAACCAAGACCCUGCUACUUUGUGGUCCUUCUCCAUUACUGAGCCCUGCACAUAAACUGCAUUUUUUUCUGUG